AUGCGUGCGCCGUUGAACUCAGACGCCAAGCCAUUCAGUGGAUUAACUGCGGGCGCCCAUGAGAUCCCGUGCUGUACACCCGGAGACCACUUAAUGCCAUUUUCUAUAAAGCUGCCCGCAGCCCCGUGUAAAAUUCUAUACAUAAUUGAAUUACCCAAAACCUCGGAAGUCCAGAAGGGAGCUGUCUCUGUGCAGAGCUAUGGCCGCGGGCCUGUUUAUUUGUAUAACUUUCAGAAGUUGGAUCGAGGAGGCACAGACUGGUCUCCAGACUACUGUCUGGCUUGUGACCAGCGCACCACCGGUGAUGCCUUCUGCUCCCAAGCCUGUCGUCUGACUGAGCUGGAGAGGCUCAAUUACUCUCUUCCUCAAUCCCAGUGUCGCCCGGCUCCCCCCCAAUCUGGAACACGCCUCUCCCCCACGCAGAGCAUCUCAUUGCGGCAGAGCUUGUUAUCCGCCACAACGCAAUCCGAGCUAAGAGACUAUACAAGCUCUUUUGACCACAUUCGAGAAACGAAAAGACGCAUCAUCUCCUCAGCCAGCUUGCCUGGGCAAGGCCCCAGAAAGCUCUCUUUGGGACGCCAUGCCAAAGUCGCCAUAUGUAACCGUUGGCAUGGGAAUGAACUUCGGUCAAAAGCCAUAGGCCAGUCAUUUCGGGUUCGUGAUAUUCCGAACCGGAGUGGAGCUGAUCAGCUAGCACCCAUUGCCCGGAGACGCCCGUCUUACCACCACGAGCUAUAUCUCCACCAGCAAAAUGGGCACCGGGCAUUAUGCAAAACGAUCGAGGUCCUCUACGAGCGAACGGUUGUGGUGGAGGAUAUCAUCAUCAGCAUGGGGCGGGAAGACCUCUUGAAUCGCGCGCUUGGCGGUCGCAUUUGCGCCUUAAAGAAAAUAAGGGAAAUACAAGCGAUGGAUUGCCAGGAUCAGAUGCCUCCCCGGCUACUGAAGUGCAUUGCUCCGCAAUGUAAACACGGCAACCAAGAGUAUCAGUCCGCCGAACACCUGGCCAAACACAUCCGAAACACCCGGGAUCGUAGCCACCAGUUCCACCGUGCGAUACUCACUGGGACCUACUGUUUUCAGUGUGGGAAGGAAUUCUUAACAGGCACCUCUUCUCUUGCAAAGCACGAGAAGGAUUAUCAUAGGGAAUCAGGCAAGUCGAGGCUUGAAACCUCCAGAGCGUUCCGCACCGCAUUCACUCAUGACGGAAGCCUCUUGCAGCCGAACAAGAAUCACGUCGCCGCCCAAAGCGAAGAGAGCGAGGCAGGUUGCGAAGAAGAGUCACCGGGUGCAUCUGCAGCCGACAGCUGCAGUGACGGUUCAGGCCAGCGAGAAGAAGUCAUGAAGAUGUUUGAGCAGAUAAACACGAGAGUUGAACGGCUUGAAAAAGAAAAUGUCCGGCUGCGUGAAAUCGGGGACCGAAUCCGACCCUUAGGGGAGAGGAAGAGGAGGCGUGGUGACGACGGAUCUUUCACGGACCUGGCCGAAUCUAGAUCAGCCAUAUGGAGCAAAUGUCCCAAUGGCUCGGCCCCGUCGGUGCUCGCCCAUGACCUUUCUAACGGCGCCCCAACCGUGCCCUACUCGGAUCAAGUAUCGUCAUCCGACUCCGCAGGGUCUAACCGCCAUCUCAAUCCCUCCCCAGAGGGACCUACUAUCUCCGACGAAUCCCCGUCUCAACUCGGAUCGAUGUAUCCAGGUCAACUACAGCCAUUUCACACCAGUCGUCUCUUAGAUUUUAGCAACCCCCAUCCCGAUCCCUCUCAACUACAGCCGUUCCCCAUCAGUCCUCUCUUAGAUUUUAGCAACCCCCGUCCCGAUCCCUCUCAACUACGGCCUUUCCCCACCAGUCCUCUCUAUGACUUUAGCAACCCCCGUCACAAUCCCACCCCGCUGCCGCCCACAGGUUCCAAUGAAUACCCAGCUCAAAUAUUGCUGUUCGAUCCCACCGAAGACUAUGUCCAAUCUUGA